UUGGUGAAAGAGGUAAAACAUUAUCUCAUCGUAAUCGGGGAAAGUUGUACAGGGUUCACGACCUUCACCUAAAUCUAAGGAACCUAUGGAUUUAGUCUUCAACAACUAGAUGAAGUGCGAAGGACUGCUUUCUCUGGAUUUUUAUGCAAACAUCACCUAUCAAUUCUACAGGCCGGUCGUGGUUAAUCAAAAUGACAACAAUAUUGAGGACCUUGCUUCUCCAUGCUGUGAUCCUCUGUGUAAUGCAGACAUCAGGUGUGCGUAUUGAGGCUGUUCCAGGUAGUGUUGAGCAGAUGAUUGAGAUGAAGCUGAAUGGCACCGUGUCUCUGAUCUGCCGGCAUAAGACUGCCGCUGGGACUGACAUGGAGCUGGUGUGGCUGAGAAACAAUGCUCUGGUGAAGCUGGAGAACAACAACAGGGGUGAUAACAGCUCCAUCUGUGUGACACCUCUGACACACGAAGACAACGGCGCUAUUUUUACCUGCCAGAGGAAGAAUGACACCACUUUGAAUGACUCAGUGACCCUGAACGUCACCUAUGCCUCCAGGACGAAUGGCAGUGAGGAGUUCGACAUGGAGGAACAGGAGACUCUGGUGCUGCUGUGUGACAUGUAUGCCAACCCUGCUGUGAUAGUGUCAUGGGAGUUUAAUGGAACCCAACUGGAGCACACCACUGGCAAAGUCAUAGUGACCAAUGACGGUUUCACAAGCAAGCUGACGGUGAACAAAUUGGACAUGGAUCUGCACCGGGGAACGUACAUAUGUGAAACAAAUUCGCCCAAACAUGGAAAACAAAGACGAACCUUCAGUGUUGGCGUUAAAGAAAGGACCAUCAGGUUCCCUGUGAUGCCGAUCGUGGCUGGCGUCGUGGUAGUCUUCCUCACAAUACUUCUGGCCAUUUUCUCACGAAGAAAGAAGAUUGCCAAGUGCUUCAAGUGAAGCCGUUACAUGUGGAAUCACUCCAAGCAGGUGCCUGUAAAUGUAUUCAUGAGAAUUCUGUGUAAAGGUUAUAUUUUAUACUGUAUUUAAUUAUAAACGUUUGGAAAAUGAAACCUUGAGACGUUGCCUUGUAUGAGGUGAUUGAAAGCUGGAUUAUGCCUGUAUUUAAAAAUAAAUAAAAAGGUACUAUAUUGCAA